ACUACGGCAAUAAUCCACAACACCCCACGACAAAUCCCCCUUUUCCUAUUCUCUCACCGCGGUAGGCAUACGAAAUGAAGUUCCUUAAAAACGGUAGAGUUGCUAUCAUCACCCGGGGCAGGUACGCCGGUAAGAAGGUAACCACAGUGAUGGAUGAUGGCAGCAAGUCCCACCCCUUUGGUCAUGCUCUCGUUGCUGGAAUGGAGAGAUACCCGUCCAAAGUCACCCGCUCGAUGUCGAAGAAGAGAGCCGCCAAGCGCUCCAAGGUCAAGCCCUUCAUCAAGAUUAUCAACUACAAUCACCUUAUGCCCACUCGCUACACCAUUGAUCUCGAGACCCUGAAGGGGGUCAUUUCCCAGGACACCUUCAAGGAGCCUUCGCAGAGGGAAGAGGCUAAGAAGACCAUUAAAAAGGCAUUUGAGGAAAGGUACCAGAGUGGAAAGAACAAAUGGUUCUUCACUCCUCUACGGUUUUAAGCGGUUUCUUUGCUCUCUCUUUUUUUCCUCUUCGUGACGGUUUCAUGUUGAUAAAAAAACAAAUAAAAUUAUACUCCAGUUAAGGAUGCCAAUGGCUGGACAUUUCUGUACCUGGGGGUAAAUGGCUGAUAAGGGUCGUAUUCCCUUCAGA